AUCAACAUGGGAGCCGAACAACAGGAGCAGGGUGACUUAGGUCCUAGUAAGGAUGAUCCCCAGGAUGAUGGGGAUCAUUCUAAGCAUGAAACCUUCCCUAGACCAGGCGUGGCGGAAGACGGCGAUGCGAACGCUGAGGAGGGCUCCGGAUCGUCGUCUUUAAGCACAGUUUUUUUACCAAGAAGGAUUCGUUUUCUGGAACAAGAGUGUUCUAAAUGAAUCUUUCUUAUGAUUUAAGAAACUCAAUUAUGUUGAAUUUUGAAUUCGGACUUCGGUUCCGCUGUUGAUGGAUUGUGGCCACGACCACCGUCUGAUUAUUUACUACGACCUCUGACCGGUUGCAGCAGCGCUUUGUAGAUUAGUACUAGAGUAGUAAAUAAAAGUCAAGCCUUCCAUUCAUACAACUGCACAGAUUCUUAUGUGUUGUGUUAGAUUGUAUUGUGUUAGAUUGCAAUGAUUAUUUACUACGACUAUGGAUAGUUCUAAUUAUAUCAGGCGAAGACUCAUCAAGCU